AUGUUUUUUUGUCUUGAUUGUUCUCGAGAAUAUCACGAGUUGGCACGGCAACACUGGGACCGCUUCGAGCGAUCAGAUGAACGGGAGGAACUUGAAAGAUCAAUCUAUUACGAUCGUAUCACUCUUGAACUCCGUCCUGUUAGGCAUCCCCGUCGUUUUCAGUCAUUGAAUAACCUCGCGACCUCUCUUGCGGCGCGGUACAAGCGAUGGGGCCAAAUGGACGAUCUAGAAGAAACGAUCGAAUUGUGGCGAGCCGCCCUCGAGCUUCUUCACAAGGAUCAUUCGGAUCGCUCUAAGUUACUAAGUAGCCUCGCGAGCUCCCUGCACAGUCGAUUUGAACAGCGUGGAGUUCCCAAGGACCUGGAGGAGGUGGUCGCCUUGGACCGAGCUAUCCUGGGGCUGCGACCUGAAGGCCAUCCUGAUCGUUCUAAGUCAUUGAAUAAUCUUGCAGCUUCUCUUUCUACGCAAUUCGAGCAGUUUGGACGAACAGAAGAUCUGGAAGAAUCCAUCAAAUUACACCGAGCUGCUCUCGAGCUUCGACCUAAAGGCCAUCCUGACCGUUCUCAGUCGCUGAAUAACCUUGCAGACUCCCUUCACAAGCAAUUUUGGCAGCAUGGGAGAACAGAGGACCUUGACACGGCGGUAGAGUUGCACCAAGCUGCCCUGGAGCUUCAGCCUGAAGAUCAUAGUCAGCAUUCUAUGUUCGUGAGCAACCUGGCAUGGUCCCUACAAACUCGAUACUCGCAGCAUGGACGGACUGAGGAUCUUGACAGAGCAAUCAAGUUGAACCGAACGGCCCUCGAACUUCGUGCCAAAGGCUAUCCCGAUCGUUCUAUCUCUCUUGGAAACCUUGCGUAUUCCUUGAACACACGAUUUGAGCAGUACGGAAGAGCUGAGGAUCUGGAAGAGGCAAUCCAGUUGCAUAGAGCCGCCCUAGAGCUGCGCCCCGAGGGCCAUCCUGAUCGGCCUUUGUCUCUGGGAAACCUUUCAGAUUCCCUGCGUACUCGGUUUGAGCAGUAUGGAGGGAUCGAGGACGUCGAAGAGGCAAUCGAAUUGGACCGUGCUGCCCUCGAGCUUCGUCCCGAAGCGCAUCCUCUUCGCUCUGUCUCUCUAGGCAACCUUGCAGAUUCCCUGCGAACUCGAUUUGAGCAGCUCGGAAAGACAGAGGAUCUUGAGGAGGCCAUAGAGUUAAAUCGAGCCGCCCUCGAGCUUCGUUCCGAAGAGCACCCAGGUCGCUCUAUCACUCUCGGUAGCCUUGCAUAUUCCCUAAGCAUUCGAUUCGAGCAACACGGCAGGAACGAGGACCUCGAGGAAGCUAUCAAGUUGGAACGAGCUAUCCUAGAGCUAUGCCCCAAUGGUCAUUCUCGUCGUUCUAUUUGCCUUGGAAAUCUCGCGGAUUCCUUGCGAACGCGAUUCGAGCAGUAUAGAAGGAUGGAGGAUCUUCAGGAAGCAAUCACGUUGGACCGGAUUACCCUGGAACUUCGGCCCGACGACCAUCCUCUUCGUUCUAUGUCGCUUAAUAACCUUGCAAUUUCACUGCUGACCCGAUUCGAGCAACUUGGAGGCAAUGGUGAACUUGAGGAAGCAGUCGAGUUAAACCGAGCUGCCCUAGUGCUUCGUCCCGAAGGUCAUCCUUUUCGCUCUAAAUCUCUAAGUAAUCUUGCGCUCUCCCUGCACACUCGAUUCUCUCUGCAUGGAAGGACUGAGGAGCUCGAUGAGGCCGUUGAGUUGAACCGGGCUGCUCUGGAGCUUCGGCCUGAAGGGCAUCCUCUUCGUACUAUGUCAUUGAGAAACCUUGCAGAUUCUUUAUAUACUCGAAUCGAGCAGCGGUGGAGUAUGGAAGAGUUUGAAGAAUGUAUGCAGCUACUAGGACUCGCUGCUAUCCAUAGAUUUUCCGGAUUAUUAGAGCGUCUAUCCGCCGCGCGUCGUUGGGCAGAUCUUGCGCGCUUGCAUGAUCACAAUACUGCCUUUACAGCUUACAAGGCAACGAUAUCACUACUUCAACAUGCUCUCACCAUAAAUCCGACUCUCUAUGCACAACAUGACUUCCUUUCCCAGAGCAAUGAGUAUAGAAUGCUUACUUUGGAGGCAGCUUCUUUCGCUGUGGAGAAGAAUGAAUCGGAACAAGCCAUAGAGAUUCUUGAGCAAGGAAGAGCGCUGCUCUGGUCACAAUUACGCGGACUCAGGACUCCUCUGGAUCAACUUGCAGAAAAGAACGAAGGACUCGCCCACAGAUUCAUGAACGUUAGUCCACCCAGGCUAGGUGUCGGGUCAGGACGGAAAUUAUUUGAUGAGCUGUUGAAAUUAAAACGACAACUUUCCAGUGAGCAAGAGGAGAUAAUUAGCGAGAUUCGACGAAUGGAGGGUUUCGAGAGCUUCCUUGAAGCGACACCAUUUAAGAUACUACAGCGAGCGGCUUCAGAGGGGCCGGUCAUUGUAGUCAACCAUUGUCAAUAUCGCUCUGAUGCCCUCGUUAUCCUCUUCGGUCAUGACGAAUCGGCCAUUUGCAUUUCGCUCGAUAAUGAGUUCUUUGAAGAUAGCAUCAAGCUGUGCAAUGAGCUCAUGGAAACGCGCCGACAGCUCAGUGCUGAUUCGCCAGAAUAUGAUAAGAAGCUCCGUGAGGCGAUGAAGAUGCUGUGGGACAGAGUUGUCUCCAAAGUCGUUGCCAAACUCAACGAGCUCGGGAUUGUCGAAGGAAGCCGCAUUUGGUGGUGUCCAACUUCGAUGUUAUCUGUGCUUCCGUUUCAUGCCGCAGGACCAUUUGUGGAUGCAGAUGCGACUCCAAAGUAUUUAUUGGACAAUUAUAUCUCAUCUUAUACCCCGACACUAGGAGCACUCGUCAAUGCGCGUUCAGGGAGCCAUAAAGACGAAACAGCGGUACUUGUAAUUGGAGAUACUUCCCUUCGGUCAGCUAGACAAGAGGUUAGAAAUAUUCGAAAUUCUGGGAUAAUAACCAAAUUACUCGUUGGCAAGAAAGCGUCUCGUGAAUCAGUAAUCAAACAGCUCCAGAAAGCAACAUGGGUCCACUUUGUUUGUCAUGGACAAUUGAACCCGAAUCCCUUCGACACUUCGUUCAAAUUGUCGGAUGACGGCCUUACAUUACUCGAUAUCGUCCAAGCUAAUCUUCCGAGCGCGGAGUUCGCAUUUCUUUCUGCUUGCCAUACUGCAGAACAGCCUCACCAUGGAACACACGACGAAGUCCUUCACCUUGCGGCGGCCAUGCAAUUUUCUGGUUUUCGAAGUGUGAUCGGUUCGAUGUGGGAACUUUUUGAUCAGGACGGACCCGCAUUUGCUAAGACCGUUUAUGAGUACAUGAACGAAUGUGAAGAGGGCGAAGCAAAAUAUAAGAGGGCGGCCGGAGGACUCCGAAGGGCGUCAUUGGAGCUAAAAUCGCGGACUGGAGUUCCGAUUGAACGAUGGGUGAAUUUGGUGCAUAUCGGUGCUUGA